AUGGGUGUUUAUGCGCUUAAUUAUUUCAACACUGGAGAAGAACGUAUAAUGUCUUUAUGUGAGGUGGUUUUGGUUUUUGCAUUUUUUCAUACAAGCGAAAUAUUGGCACAGCAAAAUACAACUGAACCUCGAAACCAUAAGCUUCACUAUCAUUUUGAAGCGCUUGAAUUCACGUCUGUCACGGACGCUAAAAGCCCAGUAUGGGACCAUGAUGCCAAUAUUCUCUACUGGGUUGAUGCUCUAAAUCAGACUGUGCACGCACUAAACUACACAUCUAAACAACAUUCGCAUAAGCAUAUAGGCAUGGGUGAAUUAAACGUAGUGCUGCCAAUAGCAGGAAGUAAACGACUUCUGCUUGGCAUUCAGUCUUUUGUCUAUCUCUUUGAUUGGGAUGAACCAUGUCCAUUUUGUUUGAAGUACAUAGCUGCAUUGGAUAAAGGCAGUCCUGGCAAUAUCCUCAAUGAAGGAAAGGCUGACUCAAGGGGCAGGUUUUGGGGAGGUACAAGAGGUCCUUUAUAUGGCAGUUCUAUACUCCAGGAUCAGGGCGCACUCUACAGUCUGGAACAGCCAAAGUUUGAACCUACAGUCCAGUUAAAACCAGUAUCAGCAACUAAUGGAAUAACCUGGUCGCUUAAUAAUAGUAUUUUAUACUUCAUAGACUCAGAAACCAAGAAAAUAGAUGCGUUUGAUUUUGAUGCAGCCAAAGGAAGGAUAAGUAAACGUCGUACAAUACUAAACUUAGCCGAGUACAGUUUUAUGAAAGCAUCAAGCACGCCUGUAGCCCACUCUGUGACCAUAGAUAGAAACGGAUAUCUUUGGGUCGCUCUAAUGCAUGGUGGAGCAGUGAUCAGGGUCAAUCCAGAAACCAAGAAAAUUGUGGGAAAAUACAAAUUGCCUGUAUCUCGUAUAACGUCACUGUCGUGGGCGGGGCCAAAUUUAGAAGAAUUAAUUGUGACGACAUCUCAACGGAAUAUGGAAAAGGAGGAAAUAGAAAAGGAACCACUGUCAGGCGCGCUGUACAUUUUACACAAACUUGGUACAGGAGGCGUGCCUGAUCAUAAACUGAGUUUUAAUGAUGCGGAUAAUUUUUAA